AUCUACACAUUUUAAUUUAUUUGUUUGGUAGAUUUGAAACUUGAACCACAUGUUUUGGUAUAUCUUGAAAAGACCAUAUUUCUAUAAAUGGGUCGAUCUUAUUAGAAAAAUUACCAGGUUUUGGAUAAUUCAUUUAUCACACAAAACAUAAUCUUUCUUUCUUUCCUUCUUUGGCAACUCUCCAUUGAUCUCCAUUGUUUUUCUUUAAUUUUAAUGCUUUUGUUAAUCAAGAAACCUGCUUUAUUCUUAAACCGGAUAUUCGUUCUUUUAUCUAGGGUUCUGGGUUUUUGUUUCUUCUUCCUUUGAUGCUUUCUGAACAUGAAAAAAAGAUUCUGUAUACAAAAACAGAACAUUGAAAAAAGAAACAGAGACUUUGGUAAUAAAGAAAUACGCGCAACGUGUCGGAUUUAUAAAUUCAGCUUAAGACAGAAGAGAAAUGAAGUUUAUGAAACUUGGAUCCAAACCGGAUUCAUUCCAAUCUGAAGAAGAUUGCAUAAGGUAUGUAGCAUCCGACUUAGCCACCGAUGUAGUUGUAAACGUUGGAGACGUGAAGUUCUAUCUCCACAAGUUUCCUCUUCUGUCCAAAAGCGCACGUCUUCAAAAACUAAUAGCCGCAACGAUCAACGAACAACAACAACAACAACAACCAGACGACGAAAUCUCCAUUCCCGACAUCCCGGGAGGACCACCAGCGUUCGAGAUAUGCGCCAAGUUCUGCUACGGCAUGACCGUGACCCUCAACGCGUACAGCGUCGUAGCCGCGCGUUGCGCGGCCGAGUACCUCGAGAUGUACGAGUCGGUCGAGACCGGGAACCUCGUUUACAAGAUCGAGGUGUUCUUGAACUCGAGCGUUUUGAGAAGCUGGAAAGACUCCAUCAUCGUCCUCCAGACGACGAGAGCGUUUCAUCCCUGGUCUCGAGAUGCGAAGAUCGAUGCAAGGUGUUUGGAGUCUAUCGCUUCGAAAGCUGCGGUGGAUCCAGCUAGAGUAGAUUGGUCUUAUACGUGUAACAGAAGAAAGGUUAACAGCAUCGGCGUGGUGCCUAGAGACUGGUGGGUGGAGGAUCUAACCGAGCUUAGUAUAGAUUUAUACGAGAGAGUUGUUUCGACUAUAAGAAGAAAAGGUGGUGUCUCCGGUGAGGUUAUAGGAGAAGCUCUCGAGGUAUACGCGGCGAAGAGAGUCCAGUUAGAUGAUCGUGACGUGGAGACGUUGAUCUCGUUGCUGCCUGGUGAGAAACAGAGUGUUUCUUGCGGGUUCUUGAUUAAACUUUUGAAAUCUUGUGGAGAAGACGUGAGGAAAGAGUUGAGUAAGAGGAUAGGAGAGAAGCUAGAGGAAGCCAAUGUGGAUGAUCUCUUGAUUAGAGCUUCCGAUGGAUGUGAAACGGUCUAUGACGUUGACAUUGUUGAGACGUUGAUCGAUGAGUUUGUUACGCAAACAGAGAAAAGAGACGAGGUUGGUCGUUCAGACAGCUCGGAAGCAGUUGUGGCAAAGCUAAUCGAUGGAUACUUGUCUGAAAUAGCGAGAAUCGAGCCGAAUCUAGAGCCUUUAAAGUUCAUUGCAAUUGCGGAAAAGGUUUCGAGUUUCCCGAGAUCGUCACACGAUGGAGUUUAUCGUGCCAUUGACAUGUUCUUGAAGGAGCAUCCAGGAACAACAAAGAGCGAGAAGAAAUCGAUAUGCAGAUUAAUGGAUUGCCGGAAACUAUCACCGGAAGCAUGCGCUCACGCGGUGCAAAACGAACGGUUACCUUUACGUGUCGUUGUGCAGAUACUCUUCUUCGAGCAGGUGCGAGCUACUGCGAAACCUUCUCUUCCACCUAGCGGCUCUCACGGGAGCUCGAGGACGACGACGGAAGAAGAGUGUGACUCAGUCACGGCCACGGAGGAGACAACGACGACGAGAGACAAGACAAGUGGUUCUGAGAAGACCAAGGCUAAAGGAGUUGUGAUGUCUCGGAUUUUCUCGAAGCUUUGGACUGGUAAAGACAGAGAUGGUGUCGGGGAUGUUAGUAGCUCAGAUACGUCUGGAAGUCCUGGCUCAGCUACCACCGUCGAUGAUAAAUCAACGCCGUCGACUCGCCGGAGAAGAUCAUCGUCUUGACUUUAGUCUUUUUUUUUGGUUUUCUUAAUUAGGCUUUCUAUUAAGCUAACUUGUUUUAGAUCAAAAUGGGUUUGGUAUAAAAUCACAGCCCAUUAAUAAUUAUAAGGCCAUCUAUUAAGGAUGAUAAUUCGGAAAAUCUUGUUAUCCUCGUUACGCAAAUUGCAGUCUUGCAUUUUCACACCCGUGUUUUAUUUUCGUUAAUGAAACUGAUAUUUGUAGAA